CAAAGUCAAACGUCAGUCUAAUGUCAAAUAUUAAUGUCUAUUGAUUAAGGUUAUUUCUAGCUGCCUUAAUUUGUAUGUGUACAUGUAAUAAUUUUCUAAAAUAAAUUUGUAUAAUGAAUAAGCUAUGACUACGCAAUACAAAAAAUUUACAAGACUCAUAGCUAAGUGGCCUCUUGACAGUACAAAGGGCGACAGGGACCUAGGGAAAUUUAUACGUGACAAAGUUAAGGCAGCGUUUGAAACUUCACAGACACAAAAUUUAGAUACAGACUUGUGUAAUCGCCAGUACAAUUCCCUUAACCGUUUAGCUGACAAUUACUAUAAAAACAAGUACAAGAGACUCAAGACCAGUACAGCAACUGGUCUUAACACGGAAGAGUGUAACUUGAUGCUAUCCAAUGAAGUGCUAACUUACUUAAAAGAAGAAAACAAAGGUUUCUUUAAAAAGAUAUUUAACAAAGAUUAAAAAAUGUUACCUCGGCAAUUAAAACAUUUCUAUCGGUACACUUUCAAGCGUAAAAUAAACACAGAAGCUGCACAAUAUAAGGAUCAUGUGCCUGUAAUGUUAAAUGAAGUUAAUAAGUAUUUACAACCUACAAACAAUGAAUUGUACAUAGACAUGACAUUUGGUGCAGGUGGCCACUCUAGACAGUUACUUACAUCUGCCGAUUGUAAGCUAAUAACACUUGAUAGAGACCCUGUGGCAUAUGAAAAGGCUAAAGAACUGUCAAAAGAGUUCCCAAAUAGAGUGAUACCUUUACUUGGAAGGUUCAGUGAGCUGCCAGCACUUUUAAAAGAAAGAAAUAUAAAACAAUCAUCAAUAGACGGUAUACUUUUUGAUUUUGGAUGCUCAUCAAUGCAACUAGAUAAUGGAGAAAGAGGAUUUUCUAUCAGUAAAAAUGGAUAUUUAGAUAUGAGAAUGGAUGCUGGACGAGAUCCAAAUCAAAUAACUGCUAGAGAAGUGUUAGCAACUGCUAAUGAACAAGAGUUGUAUAAAAUUUUCAAAGUGUAUGGUGAAGAGAAAAAGGCCGCAAAAAUUGCACAAACUAUAAUACAAGCUAGAUACAUGAUUAAGAACAUCGAAACAACUAGAGAAUUGGUUGAUAUUGUUGAUUCAUGUUGUCCAAAUGAAUUUAGACUUGAUAAAUUACAAAGACCUCAAUCAAAUGCUACAAAAGUGUUCCAAGCAUUAAGGAUAUUCGUUAAUAAUGAACUAAACGAGAUAAAUUAUGGAAUGGUAUUAUCAAAGUAUUAUUUGAAACUUAACGGUAGACUGGUAACAAUUUGUUUUCAUUCAUUGGAAGAUACAAUAGUAAAAAGACAUAUCGCUGGCAACACUGUUAAUGAUGUAGCCAAUCCUGUACCUUUGAGAUAUUUGAGUCCAACUUUGGUUCAAGACCAAGAUACUAUCAAUCAGUUUUUGGACAGUCCGUGGAAAGCUAUAAAUAAGCAUGUAGAAGUACCAUCUGAUGAUGAAGUGGAGAGGAACCCUAGAAGUAGAAGUGCACGGCUACGAGCCGCUGUCAAAAUUAAAUAGUUUAUUACUUUAUUCAUGUUAGACUAGAAAUAUACAUUUUAUUUUAUA